AAAUGUUUACUUGAAUUGAAUUGAAGUAUACUAAAAACGAAAAGUGGUGUUUAGGAACUAAUCGUCGUCCGGUCCACACUCCACAUAGAAUAAUCUCCGUAUCUGAUCUCAUAUACUUAUAGAUCUGUCUCUGUUUUUACCGUCGCAUAAACCUUUCAACUCUCUGUGGCCCCAUUCUUCUACAAUGGCCACUGGAGUUAACAGAAAGAUUUCCGCAGCAUCAGCUCGUUCUCACACCAGGAGAGCCAACAAAUCAUCUUCUUUUCAGCUUCCUUCAGGAAUACUUAGAACAACACUGGCAGUGUUGUUUAUUGGAUUUCUAGCAUGGGCUUAUCAAGCUGCUCAACCUCCUCCUCCCAAGAUAUGUGGCUCUCCAGAUGGACCACCUAUAACGGCUCCAAGAAUCAAACUAAGAGAUGGAAGACAUUUGGCAUACAAAGAGCACGGUGUUCCAAAAGACGAAGCAAAGUAUAAAAUCAUCUUUAUCCAUGGUAUCAACAGUUGCAGACAUGACGCUGUGGUUGCCGAAACUCUAUCACCUGAUAUUGUUAAGGAAUUGGGGAUCUACGUUGUAUCUUUCGACAGACCUGGCUAUGGAGAAAGUGAUCCUGAUCCAAAUCGUACGUUAAAGAGCAUUGCUUUGGAUAUCGAGGAGCUUGCUGAUCAGCUGGGAUUGGGAUCCAAAUUCUACGUGAUUGGUUUUUCCAUGGGUGGACAAAUUGCUUGGAAUUGCCUUAAGUAUAUUCCUCACAGGUUGGCAGGUGUAGCGCUCUUAGCCCCAGUCGUCAACUACUGGUGGCCUGAUCUUCCUGCAAACUUAACUGCAGAAGUCUAUUCCAAAAUAAAAUUAGAAGACCAAUGGGCACUUCGUGUUGCUCACUACACGCCAUGGCUAACGUACUGGUGGAACACGCAGAGAUGGUUCCCUAUUUGUAGCGUAAUUGCUCGUAGUCCAGAUAAUUUUUCAAAACAAGACAAAGAGCUGUUAUCUAAGUUGUUGAAUCAUAAAGAGAAUUAUGCGGCGCAGGUAAGACAGCAAGGUGUACAUGAAAGCAUCCACCGUGACAUAAAUAUUGGAUUUGGAAGCUGGGAAUAUACUCCAUUGGAUCUUCAAAAUCCAUUCCCAAACAAUGAAGGUUCUGUUCAUCUUUGGCAAGGUGAUGAUGAUUUGUUGGUUCCUGUUACACUACAACGAUGCAUUGCAGAAAACCUUCCAUGGAUUCACUAUCACGAACUUCCAGGUUCUGGCCAUAUCUUCCCUCACUUGGAUGGUAUGAGUGAGGCUAUCAUUAAGUCACUUUUAGGUGUGAAGUAGUGUUUUGUAUCCGUCGCCGGCUAUCUCGGGUCAGCUUCAGCAUUUAUUAUCCGCGUUUCGGAGAAUUCAAACUGAAGAUCACACACAAUACAUAUGCUGAAUUUUGAGCAACUUUGACUGUAGGAUGGAUCUAGUUACUUGAUAAUUGCAUAUGCGCAUUGUUCUUGUGUUUUAAAAUUUAAAAGAAGCUGGCAUGUUUUGUUAUUUAUAAGAUGUAUUUGAUGAUAGCUACUACAUGAAUGCAUUUUGUGGAGGAUAA